AUGGCGCCCGGGGUGACUUUCCCUCGACCAAGAUGGCGUCCGCACCUCCGCUUCCGGAAGAAAGGCGUCACUUCCUCCGGGCGCGCCUUCCGUUUCCGGGAGGAAGUGGGCGGUGGCGGCGGGCGGGCGGGAGGUGCGGCGAGAUGCCUCGCGCGCGUCCGGAAGAAGCUCUGGGUCGCCCGAGGGAGGCUGGUAGGCGGCGGGGAGGCCGAGGCGGGGGCCGGGCGGGGGGCGGCGGGCCAGGCUCUCACUUUCCCCUUCCCCGCAGGUCCGGCUCCGGGAGGCGCCCGGGACCCCCUCGAGCAGGGCUGGCGGGGGCGGGAAGCGGGGAGGGGGAGGGAGGGAGGGGAGCCCCCCCCGCCCCGCUCACUCCCCUUCUCCCCCCAGCACGUGAUGGCGCAGCGGGGGGCCGAUCACAUGCCCUUCUUCCUCCACGAAGCCAACGCGGAGGCGGGACUGAUUUGCGCAGGUGAGGCGGGGGGGGGGAGAUGCCCCACUCCGGGGCCUGGCGGGGGGGGGGGGCGCGCACAUGCAAACGUCUAGCAGCAGCGUUUCAUUUGUAUGCUGCCUUCCCAUAGUUGAAUACAGUGGUACCUCGGGUUAAGUACUUAAUUCGUACUAUUAAGCACUAUUUCUGGGUUAGCAGAGUCUGUAACCGGAAGCAAAUGUAACCCGAGGUACCACUGUAAUUCUUAUUAUUAGUAGUACAGUGGUACCUCAGGUUACAGACACUUCAGGUUACAGACUCCGCUAACCCAGAAAUAGUACCUCGGGUUAAGAACUUUGCUUCAGGAUGAGAACAGAAAUUGUGCUCCGGCGGCGCGGCAGCAGCAGCAGGAGGCCCCAUUAGCUAAAGUGGUGCUUUAAAGUGGUUAAGAACAGUUUUAGGUUAAGAAAGGACCUGCAGAAUAAAUUAAGUACUUAUCCCAAGGUACCACAGUAGUACUUAUAUGCUGUGGUCUAAACCACUGAGCCUCUUGGGCUUGCCAAGGUUGGCAGUUCCAAUCCCCGCAACGGGGUGAGCUCCCGUUGCUCGGUCCCAGCUCCUGCCAACCUAGCAGUUCGAAAGCAUGUCAAAGUGCAAGUACCGUAUUUUUCGCCCCAUAGGACACACCGGCCCAUAGGACGCAUCAAGUUUUUUUGGGGGGAAAUAAAGAAAAAAAAAUUAUUUCCUCCCCAGGCGCUUGUGGGGCCGGCAGCGGGGAGAAGCGCUCUUCUCCCCGCAGUCCGCCUUCAGACCAGGUCCGGGGACAGCGGGAAGACGCGCUGCGCCUCCCAGCUGUCCCCGGAGCUUGCGGGGCAGGCAGCGGGGAGAAGUGCUCUUCUCCCUGCCGCCGGCCUUCAGAUCAGGUCCGGGGACAGCAGGAAGAAGCGCUGCGUCUCCCAGCUGUCCCUGGAGCUUGCGGGGCUGGCGGCGGGGUCUCCCCGCCGUCAGCCUCCAAACCACUUCGGGAGACAGCGGGAUGGCGGCGUUCCGCCUCCCUCUGUCCCCCAACCUUGUGGGGCUGGCGCUGCGGCUCUCCUGAAGCCUGGAGAGCGAGAGGGGUCGGGGCGCACCGACCCCUCUCGCUCUCCAGGCUUCAGUGAAAGCCUGCAUUCGCCCCAUAGGAUGCACGCACAUUUCCCCUUCAUUUUUGGAGGGGAAAAAGUGCGUCCUAUAGAGCGAAAAAUACGGUAGAUAAAUAGGUACCACUCCGGCGGGAAGGUAAACGGCAUUUCUGUGCACUGCUCCGGUUCGCCAGAAGCGGCUUAGUCAUGCUGGCCACAUGACCUGGAAGCUGUUCGCCGGCUCCCUUGGCCAGUAAUGCGAGAUGAGCACGCACUCCAGAGGGAAUGUCUUGGUGUUUAGAACGGGUUGUGCAGUAUGUACAGAAGCAGAGAAAAGCUUAGAAGCAAGACUUCCCAUCAUGCCACAGUCAUGUGCAGAAGCAGAGCUUCCCUUCAGUCCACAACUGGACCUAACAGUCAGGGGUACCUUUACCUUUACUUAUUCCCUGCCCUUCUGGCUGGGUUUCCCCAGCCACUCUGGACGGCUUCUAACAAAAGAUUAAAACAUCAGUCAUUAAAAACUUCCCUAAACAGGGCUGCCUUCAGGUGUCUUCUAAAAGUCAGGUAGUGGUUUAUUUCCUUGACAUCUGCUGGGAGGGCGUUCCACAGGGCGGGCGCCACCACUGAGAAGGCCCUCUGUCUGGUUCCCUGUAGCCUCACUUCUCGCAAUGAGGGAACCGCCAGAAGGCCCUCGGAGCUGGACCUCAGUGUCCGGGCAGAACGAUGGGGGUGGAGACACUCCUUCAGGUCUCCUGGGCCGUUUCCGCCAACGCACGUGCCAGUUGAAACCAUGCUCAAGGCAGCUUACAACAUGACAAGGUUUACACAAUCACAAACGUCACAAACGAUAAAUAAAACACAUCAAAAAGUACACGAUUAAAUGGAAACAAUUUCCACAUAAAUCAUAAGAUCCGAAACCAAAGAUGCAACAAUAACAGCAACAACCUCUCCCAACCCCCUGUAAACAAUACCCUGUAAAAGAUGAAUAUACAGGGGUUCCUGCACUGCAGCUGGGUUGGGCUAGAUGACCCUUGGGAGUCCCAACUCUGCAGUUCUCGGAUUCUAGGAUAUACACACAGAUUUGGGGGGGGGGGGAAGAGAUGGUGUGAGUUUCUGAGUCCUGAAGCCACUGUCAAGGGAGCACAUCAAAGCAAAUGACAAACACCCCUUGCAAACCAUGGGUGGCUUUAAUGAACGGAGGGGGCACAGGGUUGCCCAUGGAAGCUCUAUGCCCCUGAGCACCAGUUUCUGGGAAUCACAAGCGUUGCGCUCAGGUUUCUGCUGCUGUGCUCCCCAUUGGGGCCUCUGGUUGGCCCCCCAGAGAGCGGGAUGCUGGACUAGAGAGCCCAUUGGUCUGACCCCGCAGGCUUCGCUUCUGUUGUUAUGUUUCUGCAUCAGGAUAGCUCUGCUGAGACAGGUGCUUGGGGACUGCCCCACAGCUGCCACAUUUUGUCCCAGAAGCUCACCAGAGGCCAAGGCGAAGCCUAUUUCAGAAGUCCUGGCUUCAGACCUGGCCAUAACAGCAGAGACCAAGUCAGGGCUAGCUCUAGGCUCUUGCCGCUCUAGGCUGGACAAGGGCACAAGAGGGCAUGUCUUUGUGUGCCUGCCCUGCCUGCUUCUUUCUCAGCAACGGUGCCCCUUUCCUUUCCCUGCUGGGUAUUUCCCCCAGGCCAUGGCUGGGUUACUGCUCCCCGCUGCCCUCUCUUCAAAAGAGCUCACGCUCACUGUGUGGUCUCUCUUCAGACGUGGACAACAGACCUUGCUGGUUUUGUGCCAAUGAUGACUACAGUGAUGAUGAUUGGGGGAGCGACGAGGAGGAACUGGAGGAAGAGAGGGCCCAGAAUACCAGCCCAGCCACAUUCUGUGGCUUUAAGAAAUCCUUCCUUUGCAAGCCUUCUGCCUUUGCCCUGCCAGCAAGCAGCAAGAAAGACAGCCCUCUGCUGGGCAUUUCUCUGCCCCAGAAGCAGCAGCUCACAGCUGAGGUGAGGCAUGCGCCAGGGCCUGUUCACUCUCCUCCAGCCUUGCCUGGUUCUUCCCUUGACUUCCUGCAACCCCAUGGCUCUUGCCUCAUUCUCUGGAUUUCACCCUUCGCUGCUGACUUACUUCUCUGAAAGGAAUUGGGGGGGGGGGGUCCAUCCCCUUUCCUUUGCUGUCCUUUCCAUCUUUGCUGCCUGCCAGACCAGACAGCGCUUCCUGAAAAUAAUAAUAUAAUAAUAAUUAUUAUUAUUUAUACCCUGCCCAUCUGGCUGGGUUUCCCCAGCCACUGUGGGUGGCUCCCAACUGAAUAUUAAAACACAAUACGGUAUUGAACAUUAAAAACUUCCCUAAACAGGGCUGCUUCCAUGAAGCCCAUGCUUGAAUUCUGUCCUGCCUUUUUGUGGGGAGCCUCAGCGCAUGCUGGGACAGGUAAGGACAGCGAUGUGUGUCUGUGCACACCUGCUUGACUCUGCUGAAAGGUCUCGCUGUCCGGAUCUUUCUCAGGAAGCGGCGAGGAAUGCUGCAGAGUUGGUUGCCGAAGAGGAGCGCCUCAAGAAGAAGGCUGAGAAGAAGAGGAUGAAGAAGAAGGUGCUUGCCUCUGUGCGAUCCGCGUGGUGGUGGUGGGGCCUCUGCUGGGGGAGAGGCUGUCCUUGUGCCUCGAUGUCCGUCCGUUGCCCCAUUGCGUGUGCUGCUUUCUCUUUUCAGAGGCAGAAGGACCGGAAGAAGCAGGAGAAGCGCGACCAGGAGCUGAUGGCCAAGAGCAUAGCUGAGGGAGUGAGUGGCCACUGUAGGCGUCUGCACGUUUGCCCAUCUGCCGCAGGGGAUGCACAGCCCUUUCAGAGCGUUGCUGUGUUGCUUGCCGGCAGGUUCAGGUUGCUCAGUUGAAGUGGAUUUGCAGCGUCGCACAACCUCCCUGCAGGCAAACUGCAAUGAGGGCUCAGGAAGAAACCCUUCUCCUCCCCUUGAACCUUCCUGCUGCUUCCAGGCUGGCAAAAUGGGCCACAGUCAGUGAAGCUCAUUGGCAAGCGAGGGCCUUGUAUUUAGCAUAGAGCUCCAAAGUCCAAAGGGUUGGCCUUGGCAGAGGUGGGUUGCACUGAGGCCCCAGCUCUCCUGCAGGUAGGGCCUGCCGCAGAAAACCCCUUGGUUUUGCCCCAGAGGCAGGUGGCUCCUUGCUGCCCUCACAGGCUGCGUCUCUCCUUGUGCAGGACGAGUAUUUGAACAGCAGCAGCGAUGUGCAAGGUUCUUACUGCCUGGCUGCCAUUCCGAGUGCCUUGGGACCGGCCCGGCCCGAUUCAGAGGAGAGCUCCACCCAGGACCUCAGUGAGAACAUGGCUUCCCCGGGCAGGAGCACAGAGGAGGAAACGGAGGCAAGUGGGACCCAUACACUCCUCUGGCCCCUGGGAGGCCUGGGAGGGAGACAGGCUCAGCAAGGGGGGCGAAGGGGAAGAGGGAGCCUGUGGGUCUGGCAGAACAACCCAGCCCCUCAAGUUGGGCAGGCAACCUGGUGCCGUCCCUGAAGUUCUCUUCUGCACAGCUGGGGCUUGUCUGCGCUUCUUGUUGCGCAUCAGGACAGGCAAUUUAGGGGGAAAUUCCCCGUGAGAAAACAAGGUGUAUUGUGGGGGUGGAAUAAUAUUUCUUUCCUUGUGUGCAGUGGUCCCAGUAUGGCUCAACCUCUAACAGCAGCUAUUUUCUUUCAACGUUCUUUGAAAAGAAGAAGCUGGGCAGAACUUGUUUUCCUGCCCUGAGCCCGGUCUUGGCUGGGGAGGGCGGGGUAUAAAUAAAAUUAUAUUAUUAUUAUUAUUAUUAUUAUUAUUACAAUUUUAUUAUUUAUAUGCCGCCCAUCUGACUGGGUUGCCCUGGCCUCUCUGGUUGGCUCCCAACAAAAUAAUUAAAACACCAAAUAUUAAGAUACAGGGCUGCCUUCAGAUGUCUUCUAAAAGUCAAAGAGUUCUGUAUUUCCUUGACAUCUGAUGGGAAGGCGUUCUGCCCGAUUCCCUGUCACCUCCCUGUUCUGCGCCUUGGCUUGACGCAGGCUGCGCAUGGAGGGUCGGGGGGCAGAGAGAGAGGCUGCUUUCAUUUGUGGCUCUGCCCAUCCCUGCCCCAUGGAACAGGAAGCAGCCUUUCCAUGUGGGUCCUGUUUGGUGCGGGGAGGAGGCAUUUGUGACCGGGCUUCUCUUUGGGGAAGUGCUCUUUUUUAGGGAAGGUGUUUGAGAGAUUCAGGACGUGGCCACGAGUUGCUCUUUCCUGUCUCUCACCUGCAGGAGGAGCUUGAUCUGACCAGCACUUUUGUAUCGAAAGCUCGUCUCAAGGUGGGCUCCAAGCCCCCCCCACUGCCGCUGCCGAGGAAGGAGAAGGCAGCCCAGCCUGACAGAAAGGAGCCAGAGGUGAAAGAGCAGGAGCAGGUGAGGACGGGUUUAAGAGUGGUUGUUUUUCAUAGAAUCCUAGACUUGGAAGGGAUCCCCAAGGGUCAUCUAGCCCAACCCCCGCAGUGCCAGGAACUCCACUAAAGAAUCCCUGACAGGUGGCCAUCUAACUGCAGUUUGAAAACCUCCAGCAAAAGAGAGUCGUCCACCUCUAGUCCAAACCCCUGCAAUGCAGUUAUUUCCAACAUUUGGUUGGGGUCUCCUUUAUUGUCAUUUGAAUCCAUUGGUUUGGGUCCCGCCCUCUGGAGCAGCAGAAAGCAAGCUUGCUCCAUUGACGCUAAUGGACUUGACUUACUUGGGUCGAUUAAUUGCACUGGCUCCCGGAAGAGUAUAGGGUCAGGUUCAAGGUGCUGGUCUUGACCUUUAAAGCCCUUUGUGGCUUAGGGCCCUCAUAUUUACGGACCGCCUCUCCUGGUCUGCCCCGCAGAGGACCUUAAGGUCCAUGAAUAACCAUAGUUUAGAGGUCCCGGGCCCUAAGGAAGCCAGACUAUCCUCCACCAGGGCCAGGGCCUUUUCAGUGAUGGCUCCAUCCUGGUGGAAUGCUCUGUCCCAUGAGACUAGGGCCCUUCAGGAUUUAACCUCCUUCCGCCGGGCCUGUAAGACAGAGCUAUUCUGCCUGGCUUUUAAUUUGAAUUCAGCCUGAUCUUUUAUUUCCCUUCCCUUCUCUUCCCUCCCCUUCCCUUCCCUUCUCUUCCCUCCCCUUCCCCUUUUAUGAAGAUCACCCGCUCUGAGACCCCACAGCUAAUUCUCCCCUGGGCUCCUCCCUGGCCCAAGUGGGACUAAUUCAGCCAGCUAGCCCUGGGGGUUAUCUAAUGCUUAUUAGAUGGAUUUCCCCUAAAUUGAUUUCUGAACUUUGAAUUUUAUUGUUAUUCAUGUUUUUAUACUGUAUUUUAUGCUGCUUUUACAACUAAGUGUUUUAAAUUGGUUGUUAGCCGCCCUGAGCCCCGUUUUUAAACUGGGAAGGGCGGGGUAUAAAUAAAAAUUUAUUAUUAUUAUUUAUUAUUAGAUCUGCUCUAACUUAAGUUGAACACAGCCCAUUGCUCUCUGUCCCCUAAGCUGUGCAAAUUAGGAAUCCUCAUCACUCGUGGGCACUUCUGAUUAGAAUUCUGGUUCUGUAGAAGAUUCAGAACAGGGCAGGUGGGGGAAUCGUGGCCUUGGUUUUUUGGCCACUGAUUACAGUCUUCCUCUUGAGCAGAAUUACAGGAGCCCCUGACCCCAUUUCUGCUUCUUCCAGGUUCCGAAGUCUGGGCUCCAGAUGACUCCUGUGGAGCAGAGCAUGGUGCUGGCAGGUGUGUGUUUGCCCUGGAGUGCUGGCAGUCUGCCCCCUGCCACCCUUUUCAGAGGUGCUGAGCGGGAGCGCUUAGCCUUCAGAGGGCAAAGCCUUGGACCCGGGUUCUCAGCAAGCUCCCUUCCAUUCCGGUGAUGGUCUUUUCUUCUUGCUUCUUGCAUGACCCUAAAAGAUUGCGGCAAUGAGACUGCAAAGCAGGGGGGCUACCAGGAGGCUGUGCUCCUGUUCACAGAAGCCGUCAAGCUCAACCCACGGGAAUACAGGUGAGGCCCCCUCCCCUGUGUCCUCUGCCCUUCUGUACGGCUGGAGGGGGGUGUCUGUGGGAGCCUCUGGGGAUCUGGCAGGAUCUGGCGAACCACUUCCCUGGAGUCUCCCCAGGACCAUUAAGCUGGCUGAGUAGAAAGCUGCCCCCGAGCCCUGGGACCGCCCACUACGUGACUCCAGGUAAGGCUGUAGCUCCGUGGUAGGACAGGUGUUCUGUGUGCAGAAGGUUCUGGGUUCAAACUGAGGUGUCUCAAAGCAGGGCUUGCGGAAGGCCCUUCCUGGAAGCAGGAUUCGCACCCAAGAGCAACUCUUCCUUCCUUCGGUUUCCAGCAGCUGAUUUUCAGCCACAUUGCAGCCUCCGUCUGCGGAGGAGGAGCCUAGCUGUUGUUGCCACUGGCCCUCGAUCGUUCUCCUCCAACCUUUUGUCUUGUUAAAGCAACCCAAGUUGGUGGCUUUCCCUGCCUCCUGCGGGAGCCAGUUCCGUAGUUUCUGCGCUGCUUAAAGGAGAACUUCCUGGGAUGCCCACGAAUUCACCCUCUCCCUCGCCCUUCUGCCAGGUUCUUUGGGAAUCGCUCCUUCUGCUACGAGAGGCUGUGCUGCUACGCAGAGGCUCUGCGCGACGCCCAAGUGGCCCUCAGCCUCCACCCCGGCUGGCCCAAGGGCCUCUUCCGCAAGGGCAAGGCCCUCAUGGGCCUCAAGGUAGGGGUGAAGCGGGUGGGGCAAGGCUGAGAGGGUGGCCUCCUGCCUCCCCGGUGAGGCAGGAUCACGACCGUGCUUCUUCUCUCCCACCAGCGUUACGCAGAGGCCGUGAGGACCUUUGAGGAGCUCCUGCACUUUGACGGCUUCCGUGGAGACGCCGCUGUCCAGCUGGAGAAGUGCCGGGUUCAGCUUCUGCUGGUGAGCUGAGCUGGAGGCCAAGUCCUCCAUGCCCUUAAGGAGAGGGCGCACGGGGGUGCAGCCUGGCUUGGGGCCGCCAGGAUCCAGGAGGGCAGCUCGGCAGGGAUAGUUUGCACGGGUCAGGGCGUCUGUGGGGAUCGGGCGAAGGAAGCCACCUGAGAAAGAAGGGGGUCUCAGUAGGGUGGAGAGCAGCGCUAGGCACGUUCUGCUACUGGCGUGGGCCCCAUUGUGACACUGGAGAUUUAUGGACACCAGGAAGAACUUUCUGAGGGUAAGAGCUGUUUGACAGUGGAAGGGUCUCCCUUGGAAGUUGUAGACUCCCCUUUCUUGGAGGAAUCUCAGCUAGAGAUUCCUACAUUGGAGAGGAUUGAAUGAGAUGACUCAGGGUCCCUUCCAGCUCUGCCAUGCUAUGAUUUUAUCUACAUGGUGCCUAGGGAACAACUUGCACCAUAAUAUCAGCAAGACAAAGGAGAUGGUGUUGGACUUUCGGAGGAAAAAAGGAGAACUGGCCCGCUGUACAUCGGGGAGGGCUGUGUGGAGAGAGUCUCUUCCUUUAAAUUCCUAGGAGUUUAUCUCAGUGAAGACCUUACUGGGAAAAUAAAUACAACCCAGAUGGUUAAGAAAACCCAACAGAGACUUCAUCUCCUCAGAGUAUUGUGGAAGAACGAUGUCAAUCAACAUUUGAUGCUCUCCUUCUCCCGGUCCACAAUAGAAAGUGUCCUUUCCUACUGCCUCACGGUGUGGGACGCUGGUUUGACAUCAACUGAUAGGAAGUGCCUACAGAGGGUGGUGAAUCCAGCACAAGAUAUUAUGGGCUGUCCCGUGAAUCCGCUGGAUGAAAUAGCGGAAGAAGGUUGCCUCAGGAGAGUGAGGAAAAUUCUCAGGGAUGAUUCACACCCUGGGCGGCACUUUCUUGAUCUCCUGCCCUCGGGCAGAAGAUAUAGAAGCAGGAUUAGUCGCACCAACAGGGUAAAGAACAGCUUCUAUCCGUGGGCUGUUAGGCUGCUGAAUGAAAAGAGAACAACAGGGCAACUGACUUUCGGGUUUGGUGGGUGUGCGUCAGUAAACGAGGGGAAUUAAGACUAAGAGAGCUGAGUAGGGGAUGCUUGUGUAAUCUCACUGUAUACAAGUUGUACAAGUGACAAUAAAGUAUUUCAAUUUUGUUAAUCAUCAAAAUAUUAAAACAUGGUAAGUAGCGUGUGUAACGCUGAUAGCUCACAACAAAUGAAACCGAUCUGUAGAAAAUACAACUUGAAAAAAAGAGACAACAAAUGUAUUUUUAUAAACUAAGAAAUCUUUAGUAAAACCACAUUUUUAAAAAACAAACACUGUAGCUUACAAAUAAAGCAAACAAUAUUUUUCUUUGGACAGGAAAACGGUUUUGGCCAGUACCCUCCCAAGUGGAACGUCCAUGCCAGAGAAUCCUCCUUGCCCCCGACUGGUAAGAGGGCUCUCAGUGGGGCAGCUCCUUCAGUCCACACAUGAUAGAAACCCUGCAGCGAUUGUGGGGAGCCGCCAGGGGCAGGGAUCACAAGCAGUCCAUGGGCCGGCAGCACCCGGCGCGUGAGGGGUGGGGCGUUGAGCCUGCUGGUCCUAAUGCAUUGCUCCCUCCUCCUCCUCUCUUCCUCCCCCCUCCUCUCCUCCCGCUUCCUUCGUGGCAAGGUGAGCAGCCAGGUGGGCAUCCUGUCAGAAGCAUCUCCCAGGCCAGAGGGCACCUGGCACCUCUCACCAUCACCAGCUCUCAGGGCAAAGGGCUGUUGCCAUUAGCUGCGCAGGCCCCAGCCAGGUAAGGCCAAGGGGGUGGGGUGGGGGCUGUGGUUGUGAGGAGAGGCUGGGCUUUCACCGAACCCGAGGGCGUGCUGCUUUCCCCAAAACAUCUGUACCCUGUUGGGAUACUGCCAGGGAGACGGAGGCAUCAGGCAGGCCCCCAGCUGGCUCCGGACGAUCACCGGUCUCCGGUGGAACAGCAUCAGUCAGUCAGCGACACGAGCCUCAGAUACGUUUUGAGACCCGUGCACGCUCUGUCGGCAGAGAGUGUAAAUCACCUCACCGUAGAAGAGGCAGGCAGAGAGAUGUGCAAGCAAAAUGAGCAGCAUUUUAUUCAGCAUAGCUCAGGAACAAAGGAAAACGUGUCUGCUUGCCUUCGUGCCCAGCAAAACAGCAGCACAGUCAGACCUCAAGUUGAAUGUGCUUCGGGAUGAGCGUGCUCCGUGGCAACCCGGAAGUAACAGAGCGCGUUACUUCCGGGUUUUGCCACUUGCACAUGUGCAGACGCUCAAAAUGACGUCACGUGCAUGCGCAGAAGUGGUGAAAAGCGACGUGUGCGUGCGCAGACAUGCCAUCGCUAGUUACGUUACAUCGGGUUAACUAUUUAAUUUGGUCCGGAGGUCUGUUCUUAACCUGAAGCACCACUUUAGCUAAUGGGGCCUCCUGCUGCUGCCACGCCGCCGGAGCACGAUUUCUGUUCUUAUCCUGAAGCAGAGUUCUUAACCUAAAGCACUAUUUCUGGGUUAGCGGAGUCUGUAACCUGAAGCGUAUGUAACCCGAGGUACCACUGUAUAGCAAAAGCAACAUACAGCGGAAGUUCCCAGCAGACAGUGCUGGAAGUAAACAGGCAUGUGAUACCCAACAGUCAUGCCUGACCCUUUUAAGGUGGAAUGGAACUAUAUCCUAACACACCCCACCUUCUGUCCUCCAAGGGGGUGUUGGUUCUCGUCCCCAUUUUAUCCUCACCACAGCCCUGUGUGGUAGGUGAGGCUGAGAGCGGAUGUCUGGCCCCCAAGGUCCCCCAGGGAGCUCAAUGGCUGAGUGGGGAUUUGAACCCUGCUCUCUCCCUGGUCCCAGUCCAGCACUCUGACCACAUGGACACUGUGAGCCCAGGCGCCUUUAUGCCUCUCCUGCAUUCCAGGCCCUUUUCGUGACUGCAGCAUCCAGACAGCUUCUGAGAGCGGUGGCUGAGUGCAUACAAAAUCAGCCCAGUGUGCAAAGGUUAAAAACUAGAUGUUUUUGUAUGCAUUAUAAAAUGAAAUCAAAAGAACUUUACCAAAAAAAUUCUUUGGCCCUCUCCUCAUCUUUGCCUCUGGCCCCAUCCACAGCCAGCUUGUGGCCCUCAGAAGGUUGCCUUGAAAGCAAUGCGGCCCUGUUGUGGUUUUGCUCCGUGAUGAUCCAGAGCAAGUCACAAUACUUAGCUAGCAGAGUAAACAAAACUUAAACUCAAUGCAGCUUCGAGCCAGUAUACACUGAGGUCCAGCUCCAAGGGCCCUUUGGCGGUUCCCUCCCUGCAAGAAGCGAGGUUGCAGGAAACCAGGCAGAGGGCCUUCUUGGUGGUGGCGCCCACCCUGUGGAACACCCUCCCAUCAGAUGUCAAGCAAAUAAACAACUAUCUGACUUUUAGAAGACAUCUGAAGGCAGCCCUGUUUAGGGAAGCUUUUAAUGUCUGAUGUUUUAUCGGUCUAUUAUUAUUAUUAUUAUCAUCAUCAUCAUCAUCAUCAUUAAUUCUGCUGAGAACUGCCCAGAGUGGCUGGGGAAACCCAGCCAGAUGGGCUGGGUAUAAAUUAUUAUUAUUACUAUUAACAGUGGUGCCUCGCAAGACGAAAUUAAUCUGUUCCGCGAGUCUUUUCGUCUAGCGGUUUUUUCGUCUUGCGAAGCAACAAUAUUAGCGGAUUAGCGCUAUUAGCGGUUUAGCGGCUAUUAAAGGCUUAGCGGCUUAGCUGCUAAAAGGCUAUUAGCGGCUUAGCGGCUUAGAAAAAGGGGGGGGAAAGCGAAAAAAAAUCUCAAGACUCGCAAGACUUUUUCUUUUUGCGAAGCAAGCCCAUAGGGAAAUUCAUCCUGCGAAGCGCAUCGAAAAACGGAAAACCCUUUCGUCUAGCGGCUUUUCCGUCUUGCGAGGCCUUCGUCUUGCGGGGCACCACUGUACUUUUAUUAAUGCAGGGUUCCCAAAACAGACCCGACUCAGUCAGCUUCGUCCAGUAUUAUUUGCUAAAGGCAAAUGAGCAUAACAGUUCACGAAUCCAACUCUUCUGGGUUGGGAUAGUUGCAGCAAAAAUCUUAACUUAAACUUACAAUAAGACUAAAAACUUAGCACUUAAACAUGCUGUAUUCUGAACAGAUCACCACACAGGAAACAAAGGAGAGAGAACCAAGAAGGAAAGUGAAAGUGAGAGCCAGCCUCCUCCUACUGGGCUGUUAUUCUAGGAAGUGUGAACUUGGGAGAAAGACAUAAGCAUAACUCGGCUUCUCUGAAGGCCUAACCCCAAACAUCAGCAACCUUCUGCUUGCUUCCAGGCAGAAUGGAAACUUCCAGCUUGUAUCACACAGAGAAAGUUCCAGAACCUUCUUGAAUCAAAUAGAAUAGAAAAGACCUUGACACUUUAAACCAGUGCUUUCUGUCCUUCAAAAAUGCCAGCCCUGACAUGAGCAGGAAGGAGUUUCCCUCCCCGCUUCAGCCUUGGCCACUUGCUCAGGCUGGCCGGGAAGGUGGGCAGGGGCUGGGUCCCGGCUGCCUCCUGCCUGGGCGGCACUUGGCCUUGCCUACUCCUGGCUGCCAUGUCCCACAUGGGCCAGUGAGCAGGUGGGGAGGAGCCUGGGGGCUCCACGGGGAGUGGCCCCCGAUGGGCUUGGGUGGGGCAGAAGCCUUGGAUUUGCGAGCUCCAAGCGAGCUGUGGGUCGGGAUGGAGGGAGCAGGGCGAGCCGGUGGGAACCAUAGGCAAGCUGCGCGUCCCCUGGCCCCCCUGGCGGCUGUGGGUGACGGGUGUGCUCUUCUCCCAGGGAGAGGUUUCCCGUGUGGGUGGGGAACCUGACGCCCGCCGUCACCCAAGAGGUCCUGCUGUGCUACUUCCAGCCGUGAGUAUGCGCCUCCUUCCGCCCUCCCCAGGCUCCCCGGGGCCUCAGCUGACCCAAACCGGGAAGGGAGCCUUGCUUCCGAAAACCCCAACUCCUCCCUCGCUUGGAGGCCGGCCGGCUUGGCUGACACCCACUCUCCUUGGGCCGCAGGUUUGGGCCCAUUGACUCCAUCCGCUGCCUCCCGCGAAGGUUCUGCGCCUUCGUCAACUACACCUGCCGGGAAGCGGCCGAGGAAGCCUAUGUGGCGUUGCAGGUGAGGAGGUUCCCCCCUCCUUAAAGGGGAGGGGCAUUGCUUUCUCCUGCCCCCCCAGCUGUAGCCACAAAGGGCCUUCUGUCUUUCCCUCCCAGGGCGUGGAAGUCAAAGGCUGCCACCUCGUCCUGCAGCUGAAGCACCCGGUGCACGCCACUCCUCCCCUUGCCAAGGCACCCGGAAGCACCUGGCAGCAGCAGGCGGCGCCUCCGAAGCGGUAGGCAGCAGGUGGGCAGGUGCCUGUUGCGGGCAUGAAGAGCAGAUGGCCGUUUUAGGCUGCCGUAAGGGAGCCGGGUGGAUGUUGAGGCCUUCCUGCUGCCUCUCCCUCAGGGCCUCUGCGGGGCUUUGGGCACGGAAGGAGGGGUGCAGAAAGAGAGCUGGCAACAUGGGCAGGAUGCCCUGCCAUCCCCUGAUGGAUGGAGGGGCAGGUCUGGGACUUGCGAGGGCGAAGAGGGGUGCUAGGGGGAGCAGCGUCACUCCAGGAAGCAGCAACCCCUCUCCCGGCUCCUCUUCCUCCAGGGAGACUCCUCUGGGCCCCCCCGCCUUCCUGAGCUCCUCCUGGCUCCGCCGCCUCGGCCACCUCCCUCAGUGAAAUACCUCGGCGGAGAAGAUGCUGCGCUUGCAAGCCGACGUCCCGGCUGGGCCCCUUGCAGCUGAGGAUGCUGAAGAUGUGGGGACCGGCCUGUGGGCUGCCCCCUUCCUGCGGGUCGGGGGGGGGGACUGGUGGUGGAGGACACAAGCGCAGUUGCCUGUGGGAGCCCCCCAGGCACGUGGGAUUGCUGGGUGGGGCAGCUGUGGCCUCUGCCUUCUCCAAGGCUGCCACUGGCCAUUUGAUCUCCCUCUGUCCUCCCUCUGGCUUCUGAUGAGACCAGAUGCAGAUCAGGGAAACUGAGGCCGAGGACUGGGGCGGUUGGGGGGGUCUCUGUCCUCCUUUUGCUCCUGGGAGCCCCCCUUCUCCAAAGCAGGUAUCUGCCCCCACCGGGUGUGGAAUGAUGCACCUGCAGUAGGGCAGGCAGCUGCCUCUUCAGCCACCCCCCCAACUUUACUGCCUCUGUGGGGCUGAAGUCCUCUUCUUCUACUGUUCCUUUGAGCCCUGCCCCUCCCUGAACCCCGUGCACUAGGUCCUGGUGAGAAUGGGGAGGGCAGGAAGUUGUCUGUGUGUGGGUCUCCCUGCCUGAGGGUGUGGGGCUGGUGUUGCUGGUGGGUGGCCUUGGGGCGCCCCCUUGUGUGUGGGGCCUGGAAGGCAGGAGCCUUCUCCCCCUGCCCUUUUGGUUCUGCUCAGUGUGUUCAGGGAUUUGUGCCUGCCACGUGGUUUUUACACUGUUCACAAUAAACUCAUUAAAAGCCGACCGGUUCCUUUCGUAAGAGG